AUGGAAGAACAUUUAUUGCCGCCUUUUUUAAGAAGUACUCAAUAAUAAUAGCCAAUCAAUCCAGAACCUAAAAAGCCUGUGUAAUAACCUUCUGUGAAACAAAAAUAAGCAAAUGGAUACUAAUAAGCAUAACAUGAAAAUCAUUAAUAAUAAUAGAAUUCCUAAUAAUAGAGUAAAUUUUGA